AUGCCUAUCGACCAUGGAAAUGACAUCAUCCUCCUCACCUGCGCCAACGGCAAGCCAUGUAACCAGCUCAUCCCAUUCCUGCUCCCCAAAAGGAAGCGUUUACGCCUAGCAGUCAGCAAUGACUCUUCCCGCCAACAGCUCCUCGAAAAAUAUGCCGGCGAGUCUAAAGCGCAAAUCGAGGUUGUCCUGGCGGAUUUGACGCAGCCAGAUGACUGUAAGAGGAUACUAGAAGGUAUCACAGCAGUGUAUCAUGUCAAACCAACUUUCCAUCCGAGAGAAACAAAGAUCGGGUCCAACAUUCCUCUACUCACGCUCUCCGUCCUGCACCCCUGCCUCCGCAAACUCCUAAUCCACGUCUGCAAGCGCUACGUCGAGGAAGCACUGAUCGAGUCCGGCUUGCCCUACACCAUCCUUCAACCCUCCAAUUUCAUCGACCCGUUCCCGAUCCGGGAGAUACUAUCUGACGAGCGGCCGGUUUACCGCGCGCUUUGGAACCCCGAUGUUCCCUUCUGCUACACGUCUCUGUACGAUCUCGCGGAAGCUUCAUCCGCUAUCCUCGAUCGGCGCGAGGACCAUUUCUAUGCGACUUAUCGAAUGGUCUCCACCUCUCCGCCUAUGGACUAUGGCGGAGUUUGCAAAAUAGUGAGCAAAGUCGUUGGCAAGGACAUCAAAGUCGAAAAGAUGCCGUUUCAGAAGACUAUGGAGAGAGAUUAG